AUGGAAGGCAAAACUAUGAUUGUAAGUGUGCUCAUAAUGAGUCUUGUCAUGGCGCAAAUUCAAGUAGAAGCAGCUACAACAUGCUGCCCCACCACGAAGGCUAAAACUGCCUAUAAUUUCUGCCGACUACGCGGAGACACCAAGGAAGUUUGUGCAUAUCGUAAUGGAUGCAAAAUCAUCGAGGAAGAUGAGUGUCCUCCGAAUCUUCCUCUCCAAAACAUUGGUGAUGUUGUGAAUGAAUACUGCAAGUUAGGGUGUGCAUCUUCUGUUUGCGGUGCCUUAACCACUCUCCAAAACUCUGACUCGAGUGAAAUCGUGAAUGGAGCGGUCGAACAAUGUACCAAGGCGUGUUCUACUUUCUGUACCAAGGCCUAUAAGCCCACAGCUGAAACUGUUUAA